AUGGAAGAUCUUCUUGAUAGUGACAACGUGGAAUAUAAUUUUCCUGGACAUAUUUAUGGAGGAGGUAUUGGAUCUGACGGAGAAACUUCCACUCCUGUUACUACAACCCAACAGCCAACACAUAAUCUUCCUCCAUUCAUGUUUUCCUCCACUAAUAGCAAUAACUCAAUGAGAUCAGGCCCAUUUCAUUCAACCUUAGAUCUCAACAUUCCAUACAUUUACACAACAAGCGAGGAAGAGAUUGAGAUUUCUACAAAUGGUUCAAUUUCAACAAACACAACAAGCACCUCGUUGGAGGAGUUUCAAAGUGGAAUUAUUGGCUCAAUCACUCCAACCACCAUUAUUCAGUCUCCGAAUAACAAAAAUGCAACUCCUUACACUAACAACCAAGCUAGAGCCGAGUCUAAUAGAGGUGAGAAUCAGUCAACACCUCCAACAUCACCUGGAUCUCCAUUAGAGAAUAAGACCUUUGCUGCUGUCAACAAGGAACGUACAGGAGUUCAUGCAUCACCAACAAGUAAGGCCUUACCGAAGGUUAAAUCAAAAGCCGUUCUGGAGUAUGAAGACGAUGUCACAUCUGAUUCAUCUAACUCCUCAACAGAUGAAGAAUUGUUUUCUCAAGAGAGAACAAACAGUAAUGGUAGCAAUAGUAUCGACUACUCUCAAUGUUCAACAUUGCAUGAUAUGAAUGAAAUAUUCGAAAAACUCUUGAAGAAUAUGAGAGAGACAAGAAGUUGA